AUGUCAUGUGGAGGCGUCUACGAGAAGGAUUAUUUUUAUCAAUUGGCCGAUGAAUAUGGAAUUAUGAUAUGGCAAGAUUUCAUGUUUGCAUGUAGCCUAUUGAGUAAUGGGUAUCGAGCUGAUAUCUUUUAUGACAGGUAUCCCACAAACAUUGAGUUUUUGAAAAAUGUUCAAGAUGAAGUUGUUUAUCAAGUUGGCCGAUUGAAUCAUCACCCAUCCAUUGUUAUAUGGUCAGGUAAUAAUGAAAAUGAGCUAAUAAUACGAUAUUGGCCAUUUUCCACAAACGUCGAUCGUGUUAUACAUGAGGCUGAUUAUCGUCUAUUAUACGUAUUCCUGAUUCGAGCAAUCGUUCAACAAUUGGAUCAGAGUCGACCAUUUAUUGCAUCGUCGCCAUCAAAUGGUGUCGAAUCAGAACAAGAUGAAAAUUAUAUUGCUCAAAAUCCAAAUGAUUCAAAAUACGGCGAUGUUCACUAUUAUAAUUAUACUGUUGACAGUUGGAAUCCAUCUGUAUAUCCGAUUGCACGAUUCCUGUCUGAAACUGGUGUUCAAUCUCUUCCAAGUCUGGAAUCGUGGCUUCAAGUAACAAAUGAUUCAGCAGAAUGGAAUUAUUCGAGUCGGCUGAUGUUACAUAGACAACAUCAUCCUGAUGGAAUGGAGCAAAUGUUGUGA